AUGCCCACAGAGACCUCAAUCUCGUUCCGAGCUCAAGACCUGCGAUUUGAGCAUCGUCUCGCUAACGAUGCCCUGGGAGUGGGCGAGAGCCGCCCACGAAUCUCCUGGAGAGUUUCGGGAGCGCCAGCUGGUUUCACCCAGAAACGUUAUCAGCUGGAGUUCUUCAACCAGAAGCCCGAGGAUUCGGGGAAACCUUCUCAGUCAUUUGACGUUGAAUCCAGCGAGUCUGUACUCGUGCCAUGGCCGUCAGAAAAUCCGCUUUCUUCGCGGGAAGGGAUGUUCGUCCGCGUGAGGGUCUGGGGAGAGGCGGUUACGGACCCUUCUGAAUGGAGCGAGCCUGCAUAUGUGGAGGUUGGCCUCCUCGAUAGAAACGACUGGCAAUGUCAGGGUAUCUCGGCAAGCUGGGAGCAAGAUACAACUGCUCCAAGGCCCGAGGAACUUUACCGCAGGGUGUUCUCGAGAAAUCCUGCCAAGAAAGUCUGCAAGGCGCGAUUGUAUAUCACGGCGCAGGGAGUCUACGAAACGGAAAUAAAUGGCAGGCGAGUUGGUGACCAGUUCCUGGCUCCGGGAUGGUCGGCGUACGAUGAACGCCUGCACUACCAAGUCUAUGAUGUGCUGGAGUAUCUGUCACAUGGCGAAACAGAAGACUGUAUCGGCAUUCGUGUUGGCGAAGGAUGGUUCUGCGGACGGAUCGGGUUUGAAGGCGGAGGUCGCAAUCUCUGCGGUGAUAGGACGGCCGUUAUGGCGCAGUUGGAGCUGCUCUACGAGGAUGGAGUGACUCAGAUAUUGUGCACCGAUGACUCGUGGGAAGUAGCUUCUUGUCCCACGAGGCUGGCCGAGAUCUAUCAUGGAGAGAAGUAUGAUGCGACAAUGGAAGUUCCUGGAUGGUCGUCUGUUUGUCCUAGCCAGGAGCGCAAGUCAUCAGGAUGGUCAAGAGCGGUAGUUAUGUCUCCUCUUCCCGCAAAACCCGAACUACUGGCCAUGUCUGGAUCCCCGAUACGCCGUCUUCUUGUCCUCCAACCGAAGGAACUGAUUACAACUCCAAAUGGAAAGAAGGUACUUGACUUUGGUCAGAACUUAGUGGGCUACACCCGGAUCAAUAACGUCAACGGCCCACGCGGCAAAACGAUAAGACUACUCCACGCAGAAGUCAUGGAGAAUGGGGAACUAGGUCGAAGACCUCUACGUGAAGCCGAUGCUGAAGACGAGUACAGACUGAAAGGGAGUCCGGAGGGCGAAUCUUGGGAACCAAGAUUCACAUAUCACGGCUUCCGCUACCUACAAAUUGAGGGCCUAUCUCCAGACACUGAUCUGUUUGCUCAUUUCGAGGCUGUUGUAUGCUGGACCGAGAUGGAGCCCACGGGCGAGUUCUCGUGCUCAGACUCCAUGCUUAACAAACUUCACGAGAACGUGCGAUGGGGAAUGCGAGGUAAUUUCGUGGGCCUACCCACUGACUGUCCUCAGCGAGACGAACGUCUUGGCUGGACAGGAGACAUCGCCUUGUUUGCUCCCACCGCAUGCUUUCUGUACAAUUGCGCCGGAAUGCUCAAAACGUGGCUCGCUGAUUUGGCCGUCUCUCAAGAAUACCUGGGAGGCGUGCUGUCCAUCGUGGUACCGAACGUACUGCGAUACAAUAAGUCUGCAUUUCCCAAGGUGGCUCCAUUCGCGAUCUGGGCCGACGUAACGAUUCUGGCACCGUGGGCAAUCUAUCAGUCCACAGCUGAUGUUGGAAUUCUGGACGUGCAGUACUCUAGUAUGCAAAGCUGGUUGGCCUCCUGUCCUCGAGAUACCAAAGGUUGCCGUCGACUGUACGACGCAAGCUUCUUUCAAUUAGGCGACUGGCUCGAUCCGGACGCACCACCGGAAAAACCACAAAACGCAAAAACAGAUGCACAGCUAGUUGCCAACGCAUUCUUGAUCCAUUCUCUCGAUAUCAUCAGUCAGAUUUCCUCGAUCCUCGGGAAAGACCAGGAAGCGAGGCAGUAUGCAGCAGAGGCCAGCUUGAUCCGUCAAGAAUUCUGCAACGAGUACAUGACGCUCAACGGCAGGUUGGUCUCUGACACACAAACAGCGUAUGCUCUCGGAAUCUGCUUCGAUAUUUUCCCAACUCCCAGACAAAGAGUUCAAGCUGGAGAACGAUUAACAUAUAUUGUCCGGAAGAACGAAUUCCGCAUCGGAACCGGCUUUGCUGGGACUCCGUUUGUUUGCGAAGCCUUGGUUUUGACCGGCCAUACUCAAAUUGCUUAUCGGAUGUUGCUCGAAGACAAGUGCCCCUCUUGGCUCCACCCCGUCACCAUGGGCGCAACGACCAUGUGGGAGAGAUGGGAUAGCAUGUUGCCGGAUGGAUCGAUCAACCCGGGCAGCAUGACGUCCUUCAAUCAUUACGCGCUGGGUGCGGUGGCUACAUUUAUGCACGAGAGACUAGCAGGUCUUCGUUGUAUCGAGCCUGGUUGGAAGAAAGCGCGCGUGGAGCCCAUUGUGGGAGGAGAUUUCACGGAAGCUACGGUUAGUCACGUCACACCUUAUGGGAAGGUAGGCUGUUUGUGGAAGAUUGUGGAUAAGCGCUUCGAUAUGACGGUCCUUGUGCCUCCCAAUACUUCAAUGGAGGUCGUGCUGCCUUCGGGUGGAGAUGGUGCUGGAGAGGAGGUUCGAACGGUCAUGUCGGGAGUUCACUCUUUCUCUGUUAUUUACGAGAAGAAUUACGAGUGGCCGCCGGAGAGUUUGGGCUUGCUAGGAUAA